AUGGAAGCUAUGUCUCUUUACAGUCCCUAUGAGUGGUGCAGUGAAAUAACCUGCGAGGCAGAUGUGGAGACCAAAAAGGAUCUUAAGUCCCUGCCCUGCUUGGGAGAGGUUAUUGUCAGCUCGGAGUUGGGCAAGAUUAUUUCCAUGGCCACAGUGGGAAAGUUUCUCUCUGGUCCAGCUUCAAGUGGAAAAGCUGAAGAUGAGUCUGUGAGGUCUGCCAGCAAAAGCAUGGAGCAGGAGGAGUUCACGGACAUUAUGGAAACAUUAUACGACCAGAUAAACGCCCCUGAGCAAUGCGGACAGAUGGGCAAAGACCAGUUUGGGAUGUACGCUUUAUACAGCAAGAAUAAGCCCCGGUCCGACUUGUUACUAGCCAGCCACGGGAACAUAGUCUUUAAGCAGCGGCAGCUGGGAGACAAGAUGGACCUGGCCUCGUAUCUGCUGAAGCCCAUCCAGCGAAUGAGCAAGUACGCUCUGCUCCUGAAGGACCUGAUCAAGGAGUGCAGCGAGGCUCAGGAACAUGAGCUGGUGUACCUGCGCGCCGCCGAGGAAAUGGUGGAGUUCCAGCUCCGUCACGGCAAUGACCUCCUAGCCAUGGACGCCAUACGGGACUGUGAUGUGAAUCUAAAGGAACAAGGGCAGCUGGUGAGACAGGACGAAGUCACAGUGUGGUUGGGCCAGAGUAAGUGCCAGAGACACGUCUUCCUGUUCGAGGAUCUCAUCUUAUUCAGCAAGCCCAAGAGGAUUGAAGGGGGACUGGAUGUCUACAUAUACAAACGCUCAUUUAAAACAGCAGACAUCGGCCUGACAGAGAAUUCCGGAGACAGCGGGCUGCGCUUUGAAAUUUGGUUCAGGCGACGUAAAUCCAAUGACACACACAUUCUCCAGGCGAGCAAUGCAGACAUCAAGCAGGCCUGGACCGUGGACAUUGCUAAAAUCCUCUGGCAGCAGGCGACCAGGAAUAAGGAGGUCCGCAUGCAGGAAAUGGUCUCUAUGGGUGUUGGUAACAAGCCGUUUCUGGACAUAAAGCCAAGUGACGCAGCAAUUAACAACCGCGCUAUUGAUUACAUCAUGAAGGGGAGAGGUGCCAGGACCAGGGCGUCUAUUGCGGUGUCCUUAUUUGAUCAUUCAGAUCCUUACAAAAGGACUCAGGCCCCCAUCACUUGCAGCUCUGUGCCCUCUGCUUGCGGACCCUCCUCGGCUUCACUGCUGGGUCCCCUAAACCUGCAUAUGUAUGUCAAUCAGACCCUUCUGCCCGGAGUUCUCUCCGCCAACAGACCCUUUGAGACGAGCAGCUGCCUGGAGGAAGACGAGUUGGAGAAUGAGACGAGUUGCAGUCAGCCUUCCAUGACCACAGAGAGCUCGGAGUCCUCGCAGUGCAUGUCUGGUGCUGGAUCCAGUGGCUCGGACAGCGGCUGCGUCUCCAGUAUUCCGCAGGACAACCUGUCUGAAGAUGCCGGUUCUCCCUGCGAUGCCUCGGCACAGUACACCUUUCCAGAAAGGAGGAACAGUUCCAGCAUCAUCUCCCCGGUUGUGGAAAAAUCCAGAUUCAUCAACCGCCAAUACAUUUCCGCAAACCCACGUCACAUUUCCCUCAGUCCUUCCACCAUAGUCUGAGCUUCUUCCUAACAUCCAUCAGUCUGAACAAGUCAGGACUCCAGGACGCUUAGGUUUUUCCAAGUGGAGAAUGGCAGCCGCCACUUGUCUACCUGGAUUCCCAGCCGCUGCCUCCAGACAUCGUGAACCCUCUGUUCCCAGAGAUGAUGAGUUAGUGGCUUGUUAAUGUGUAACAGGCCUCUCUCCCUGUAUAUAGUUUAUUAUACCAGCAGAGGGGGUCAGCCAGGAACUUCGCUGCAGGACCUCCAGGUGAUUCAUCUACCUGUUAAGCUGCACAGUUUGUACAAUUUAUUGAAAAAAACAUUUUUUGCUAAAUAGAUAUUUAAAUAACAAAGGUCAUUUUUUCAUGUUGAAGUGGAAUUUGAUGUGCGUCUUAUUUUGUUAUAGUUGUUACCAAACUAGAAAUAAUUUAUUUACUGGAGAUAAUGUUAAAAUCUGAAUAAAACAGAUUUAUCUCA